AUUUUUAAUUAGGAUGGGUAGAGAAAGAAUACCAGGAAGAGAAAGAAGACGUAGUCCAAGUGCAGCUAGGCCUACAACUCCAAGAGCUGGAUCACCAUCUAGAAGAGAAUUUGAUGCUGGACCUAGUCAAUUUACCACUCCUAAAAGAGAUCCUAGAUCAUUAAGAACACCUGAACCAGGCGUAUCUAGAAAAACUAAUGAAUUAGCUAAAAUGAUGAAUGCUGAUAUAGUUCAAGCUGAUCCAAUUGGUGCAGGACCAAUUAAUAACAUUGUGAUACCUCCUGGAGUUGUAAGCGAUAAUCGUACCACCAUUAUUAGCAUACAACAACCAAGUGCAGAAUCUCAAAUAGCAAAUCGUUCGAUUCAAGUGAUAAGUGAUACUCUUGAUGAACAAGAUGCUUUAGAAACUUCAGCUGUACAAAAUAGAUUAUCAGAAUUACAACAGGCUAGAAGGGAUUUUGUUAUGGCUGUAGCACAUGUUGGUUCUAAUGCUGUUAAUAUAGAAGGAGAAACUCCUCCUCCUUCUUUCUAUUCACCUCCCAGACAUAUAGUGAAAGUCCCUGACUUAGAGGAUAAAUACCUUCAGCCUGAAUAUGGAAGAGAUCACCCAGAUGUUCUGGCUGCUCGUAAAUUCAUAGAAGAAAGAGAAGCAGCUAGAAGAAUAGAGGAAGAAUUUGAACGAAUAGCAGCUAAAGAACAAAUGUCUGAUGAUUUACAAUUAGAUGUCCCUGUUGAGGAAGAAAUUUUCCAGGACAGAGAUAUAUCUUGGGAAGAAGAUGAAGCUGGCAUGGCUAUGCCUCGUCCAUCUAGGGUUAAAGCUUAUGUAUCUCCCAUUCCUAAACAACAAAAGGCAUAUGAGUAUGAUCCAUUUGACCCAGAACAAUUAGAACAAUUUUUCGAUGUUCAACGUUUCCCACCAUGUCCUCAAUGUGGACCACCACCUGGCAGAGAACAGUUACAUCCUGACUUAUGGGAGUUAGAUGAUCCAUGGUUUAGACCUCCACCCGAACCUGAAGGACCAGAUUUAAUGGAGUUCGAAGAAUCAGAUCUAAUAAAAUUUGAUUAAUCAAACA